UGCAACCUUCCGGGGUCACCUUUACGUUUCUUCGACAGUUUGGGCGGAGAAAUUUUUCGGAGCAAAGUAUUAUGAGUACGUCAUGUGGUGUCCGCAACAGCAGUGGCGCGAGCAUGUAGAUGGACGUUCAGCCUACAGGUUUUUAGUCUGUAGUCCACAUUAACAAAAGUGGUGUCACGCAGAAAAGUAAGCUAAGGCAGUUCGAACUGCAAGGAUGAUGAUGAUGAUGAGAAACUCGAUGUCUGCCACCAUGCAGGAUGGCUUUGGCUGCGCUGUAACCAACCGAUUCAUGCAAUUACUGGAUGAUGAAUCAGAUCCGUUCGAUAUUUUGCGAGAAGCCGAGGAAGAGAAGCGAAAGAAGAAAAAGAAAGAAGAAGCCGCUGCAGGGAAAAAAGGUGGAGCAGCGGCAGCGAGCAAGACUGGCAAGAAAGAAUCCCAGCGGGAUCGGAGGUUGCCUGUGAGUGACAGUAACUGGGCCGGACCAGCCGCUGUGGAGAACAGCGUACCACCCCAACAGCUCGGUCAAAAACGUGGCUUUAGAAAGGGAGAACAGCAAGGUUUGAGUGAAUACAGACCCACAGAAAUAAAAAAUGAGAGAAUUGAACGGAGACCUGUGUUCAGAGAGCAGCGUACCUACGAUGAAGGAUCAGCGGAGUUUGGCAUAGAAAGGCCAGUCGAUCGGUUGGAAAGGCCUAUGCGAGGACGUGGAAGAGGAGGAAUGCGAGGCAGAGGUAGGGGAGGUCCCCCACCUAGGAAUGUGGAUGGCUUUGACCAGAGAGGAAAACGAGACUUUGAAAGGCACAGUGGAAGUGACAGGACGGGAAUCAGACCAGAGGACAAGAGGGGUGGAAGUGGAGCUCACAACUGGGGAACAAUUAAAGAUGAUCUGAGUGAAAUUGAGCAGAAUGCAGUUACUGCAGCAGAGGAACCUGCUGAAGCCAAAACGACUGAAGUGCCAGAAGGAGAUGCUGAGAACAAAGAAGGAACUGGAGAUGCAGAAGGAGAGGACCAUUGGGAAUCCGAAAUGAGCUUGGAUGAAUGGAAGAUGCUUCAGCUGCAAAGUAAACCAAAAGCUGAAUUUAAUAUCCGCAAACCAGAUGCUUCUGUGCUCAAAAAAGCAGUUGUGAUUCACAAGUCCAAGUUCAAAGAUGGCCUGAAGAUUGAAGAUGAAGAUGAUGAUGAGGAUGGUGACCAUCACUACCUCCGAAGACCAGUUAAUGACAUUACUUCCCAACUCGAUAUUAACUUUGGCAGCUUGUCACGUCCUGGAAGAGGUGGCAGAGGCAGAGGUCGUGGAGGUAGAGGAAGAGACAGGAGGGUUGCAGAAACUAGACCAGAAAUUCUGCCAGAACUGCCACAGGGACUAGCUCCUGACCCAUAUGAUCCUGAAGCGUUUCCUGCUUUGGCCUGAAGAAACUCAUUGCUACUGGUUGUGUUUUGACUUGAAAGCUUUGGUGCAGCUAUGACGGGAAGAUGCCUGUGCUUCAAAUUAUAUAGUAAGAAGGGUGACAGUCUUCAUGUGAAGUGACUUUUUCACCACCUGUGCUGUGAUUUGAUUGCACUUAUGAGGUUGCAUAGUUCUGCUGAAGAUAAAGGACCAAAAUGUUACUACUGACCACCUCCUGUGCUCAUCCGCACAAUUUUGAAGAUUUUCUUCAGUGCUCUGAAAAGUUUACAUGGGAUUUGUAAUGGCACUGUUUGAACAAUGAGUAACUAAAUACUUGGUAUUGUGUUAUUUCCAUUGAAGCACUGAGUUCUAGUUAAAAUUCAUUAAAGGAUAUAUUUACUCUUUUGAAUUUGAGGUGUCAAGUGUGGUUUAAAGAUGGCACCAGUCCUACUCUGAAGCAAAAAAGCAAGUUUCCCCUUAAACUAAACAUUUUGUCACUUGUACUUCAGCUUUGAUUCAUUAGGCCUCAAAUAAAAGUUUCUGCUUAUUAAAUGAA